UAGCCGCGCGCCGAGAACGCGGGUCGAAGGGCAGGCGGCGUCGGUGUCAUGGCGGCCUCCACGUUGGGCUCGGCAUGGGGACCUCUGCGGCUCGGCGUCCCCGGCCUGUGUCGCCGCCGACCACCCCGGGGCCUGUGGGCGCGCGCACGGCGGCUUUCGGAGCCCGUGGCGUCCGGGAGGAGCGUGGCCGCGGGUAGUGGACUUGGCGCCUCGGGUACUGACCGCUACUGCUUGGAGCUGCUGCGGAAACGAGAUUAUGAAGGCUAUUUAUGUUCCCUGUUACUCCCUGCCGAAUCCAGAAGCUCUGCUUUUGCACUGAGAGCCUUCAAUGUGGAACUGGCUCAGAUUAAAGACUCUGUCUCUGAGAAAACAAUUGGACUGAUGCGAAUGCAGUUUUGGAAGAAAACUGUGGAUGAUAUAUACGGUGACAAUCCACCACAUCAGCCUGUGGCCAUUGAACUGUGGAAGGCUGUCAGAAGACAUAAUCUGACUAAAAGAUGGCUUAUGAAAAUCAUUGAUGAAAGAGAAAAAAAUUUGGAUGACAAAGCAUAUCGUAAUAUCCAGGAACUAGAAAAUUAUGCUGAAAAUACACAGAGUUCUCUUCUUUAUCUAACACUAGAAAUAUUGGGCAUAAAGGAUCUUCAUGCAGACCAUGCCGCCAGUCACAUCGGAAAAGCACAAGGCAUCGUCACUUGCUUGAGAGCCACCCCCUAUCACGGGAGCAGAAGAAGGGUGUUCCUUCCCAUGGAUAUCUGUAUGCUGCACGGUGUUUCACAAGAGGAUUUUCUACGGAAGAGUCAAGAUAGAAAUGUGCGAGACGUGGUGUAUGACGUGGCCAGCCAGGCACACUUGCAUCUAAAGCACGCUAGGUCCUUCCACAGAAGUGUUCCUGUGAAAGCAUUUCCUGCUUUUCUUCAGACUGUUGCUCUGGAGGACUAUUUAAAGAAAAUUCAACAAGUGGAUUUUGAUCUAUUCCACCCAUCUUUACAGCGGAAGAAUACUUUGCUCCCAUUAUCUUUGUAUAUUCAGUCAUGGAGAAAAAGAUACUAAAAUAAUGUCAUGGCACUGAUAUUUAUUAGUUUUACGGAAGUGUCCUUAGUUUAGGGUUCUUGUUUACACACAACAGGAUCUACUUAAGGAGAAAAUGAAAUUAUCGGGGGAGUGUGUAGGUCACAGAACGGAUGAGAAGUUGCUGUGGGGCCAGGGGGCCAGAAUUCUGCCCCGCCCGGCCCUUGUGGGCAGCAGCGCAGACCUUCCGGGGAGCGGAGCCCGUCCCAGCUGCACUGAGGCUGCAGGCCGUGCUUCUGCCGCCAGAGGGCAGGGGAGUGGCAGCUCCCCUCCCUCUUUCGCUGUCGAAGAGGAACCGGGAAGGGGCUGAAGUAGGACUGGGUUUGUAUGCUGAGCAGCCAGACCCCAGGCAUCCAGUACAGCUGGGAAAUGCGUUUAUUUAGGGAUCACGAAGAGUGAAGUGAUCAUCAGUGUUUGAGGCCUUUAUAUCUCUUAACAUUUAUUCUUUCCCACCCUGUGAAAAUUUGUCCAUGAUGAUACAAUAACUUCUUUAGGGUGGCUGGCUGUCAAGGGCUCCAAUCCUAAUGUAAUUUUAGGUCUGACUUGAAGGCUUUUACUUUUUUGUUUACCUUUUUGCUUCACUCUCUGUCAUCGAGUAUUAUCAUCAUGAACAAAACUCUUCUUAACAAAAUGUGUGUUAAUGUAAAUUAACAAAAUUGUGUUAAAAAUUGAUUAAGGGGAUACUCCAUUUUUAAAAACUAGUGGACUAGUUGAGCUUCCCAGUUAAAAAGCUCUGUGCCAUGUACUUUGACCAGUGUUCUCAUCUGAUCUUCAAAACAAUGAAACAAGAAACGUUUGGGGAUUAAAAGUUUUAAUUAUAAAAUACAUA